AUUAUUGAUAAAUCAGAAAGCAUUAAAGUUACUAAAAUUGAAAUAGGAACAAAUAAUAGUGAUUGCAGGACCAAAAAUACCAUUCCACGAAUACUCAUAUAUCGUAUACUACGACAAGUUGAAUUUUUAUUGUUAAACGAUACUUUUUCGCAUAAAAAACAUUGGACUGCUCCGAAAGGUGAAGUAAUUCGUCAAGAAGACGAAGUAAAAUGCGCCCUUCGUAAUACGAUCGAAAUCACUGGCCUUUCGGUAAAAGAUUUAAGAAUAGAAGACGGUUUUAGAGCUGAAAUUACUUAUUUAUCUGGAACAAGACCUAAAAGAGUUGUUUAUUACCUUGCCCAAGUAUCGGAUCAUGCCCGUGUUUAUACAAGCGGCGAAGGUCUCAAUUUUGCAUGGUUACCUCUUAACCAAGCCACUGAUAAAGUUCUUUAUAAGAGUAUGCAAGAAGUUAUUAAGCAAGCCUUCGCGUAUGUCGAGAAUAACAAACCUCCAAAAAAUUCGGAACCUCAACAGCGAUCACGUGUUGAGAAAAGUCAAAUCAAUAGCGAUAGGUUAGAAAGCAAAAUGAAAAUUUGGAACUUUGCUUUACCUUUAGAUUCACAACGACAAGCUAUGAGUCGUCAGUUAGGCAGAGAACAGCGUCAACAAAAUAAUCGCCCAGAAAAGAAUGGAAAUGGCUUUUCGUCACCCCUUCACUCUCCAGUGAUGCCAUUCGAAAAUCCGCUUUAUAAAACGCGAUUAUGCGAACGCUUUGAGACAGAAAGGUUUUGCCCAUACGGGUCAAAGUGCACAUUUGCUCACGGAACUGCUGAAUUAAGGGAAAGACCUCCUGGUGAGGAAAAGGUUGACAUACCUCCUACCGCAAAAGACGGUCCAGAUAAUCCUUUGUAUAAGACACGCUUAUGCGAACGAUUUAUGAAGGAAAAUUUUUGUCAGUAUGGACCUAAGUGUAAUUUUGCUCAUGGAGAGAAUGAAUUAAGAGAAAGACCUAACACUGGUCAAAAUAGUCGCGAAAGUCCUGAACCACUUCCACCUCAUACACCGCAUUCACAUGGUAAAUAUCAGCAUCCACAUUAUCGCCAAAAUUCUCUGAACGAAAACGAAUCAGAAAAGAGAAUCUUUCCUACAAACCCUAGUGGUAGUGGUGUGUUUCGAUCUGAAAUUCAGAAUGGAAUUUUUAGUCGUAUCGCCGUUUUUUCAGCUUCAGAGCAGAUUCAUCCAACGACAAACAGGUAA